CUAGAAACGCAUUGUUUCUCUCGACGAUAUGCCAUCUCUGGAAGACUAGGAAUGCACUUAUCUUCAGAUCGUUUGUCUCUCGACCUCAGGACCUAUGUUCCACUAUUGUACAGCAUGCUCGGUACACACAACUAGCCAUGUGUCCUCUGCAUUCCCAUCCUCAACUUCCCCGCUGGGUUCGUUGGGUACUACCAGAAGAGGGUGUCUUUAAGUUAAACACAGAUGGUUCUUAUAACCAUGAAAUGGCUUCUACGAGUGCCGGUGGUCUGAUCAGAGACACAGCAGGACGCUGGAUUUCAGGCUUUAUUGUCAAUAUAGGCAGUGCAUCAGUUCUUCUAGCAGAAUUGUGGGGAUUAAGAGAAGGGCUUCGCCUUUGCAGAGCCAUGGAUCUCACCCAUGUGGUAUCUGAAAUGGAUUCUAUGAUUGCUGUCCGAUUCAUCAAUGAAGGCCGGGUCUUGGAGAAUUUAAUUGCCAAUUUGUUACUAGAUAUACGAAACUUGAUGGCUGAGUUUGAGGUUUGCACUUUACAGCACACCUUACGUGAAGGUAACUCUGCAGCUGACUUUUUGGCAGCUUUGGAACACUCCUCUCCACCAGGCACCACCAUUUUGGACUCUUUACCAACUGGACUACACUCUAUCCUGAUAAGGGAUUCUAUGGGGGCUAGUUUCUUCCGUUACUAGUUUUUUCCUUACUGUUAUUUUUUUAGUUUUCACUCAUGUAGCAAAAAAAAAAAAAAAAACUAUCUCAUAUUUU